AAAGAAAGAAAGAAAGAAAGAAAGAAAGAAAGAAAGAAAGAAAGAAAGAAAGAAAGAAAGAAAGAAAGAAAGAAAGAAUGAAUUUAUUCUUAGUCUUGUGAAGAGACCCUGGGCUGUGUCACAGCUGAAGCUUUGUUGUCAGAGACAGUCUUUGUUAAUCAGGUGUUAUAACUAACACAAUGACUGGUUUGUUGUUGCACCUCAUCCUUGUCCCUUUGAAUAAUUGAGACCACUGUAUUUGCCUGUUAUAUUUUUUCCUUGGUCAGCAACUAGCUACUAGUUUUGUCCCCAAGAUCAAUUGCCUUGGUAACGCAGCCAGAGAGAGAGAGAAAGAGAGAAAGAGAGAGAGAGAGAGCGAGAGAGAAAGAUUUGUGCCCACAAUGGCGACUGUAGGUAUGCUAAAUACCUCUGGUUCCUUAUCCGGGAACUACCUCUUACCCUGCUAUUGGGCCAUUGGGUCACGUGGUAAAAGUAACUUUACAGGGCUGCUCGCAAGUAGGAGGGCUUUAUGGAGCAGAAAAACGACAAAGCUAGAAAAAUUAUUUUCCACUCCAGAAAUUAAUGAUCAUGAGCUCGUAUUUGAUGGAGUCUAACUACAUUGAUCCGAAAUUUCCUCCAUGCGAGGAAUAUUCGCAAAAUAACUACAUCCCCGAGCAUAGUCCAGAAUAUUACAGCCGCGCAAGGGACACUGGCUACCAGCAUCACCAUCAGGAGUUAUAUCCUCCGCGGGCGAGCUACCAAGAGCGCCAGUUUAACUGUGCAAGCAUCCCUGAACCUGACACGCCAAGGGGACAUGGAAUACCCCAUUCUGCGCAUCUACUGACAGGGAAAGGGCAACCUGCUUCAUGUGAAACCCCACAGUUGUCCAUGUCCCCCGCCACCCCACCGGCCGCAACCUCCGCCUGCAACCAAGCUACCCCGGAGCAUCCAAACAGCACAGCCUCCUCCAAACAGCCUGUGGUGUACCCAUGGAUGAAGAAAAUUCACGUCAGCACUGUGAACUCUGGUUACAAUGGGACGGAGCCCAAGCGGUCUAGGACAGCAUACACCCGGCAGCAAGUCUUAGAAUUGGAGAAGGAAUUCCACUAUAACCGAUAUUUAACUCGGCGGAGGCGCAUCGAGAUCGCACACACCCUGGUUCUCUCCGAGCGGCAGAUUAAAAUCUGGUUUCAAAACCGCAGGAUGAAAUGGAAAAAGGAUCACAGGCUCCCGAACACCAAAGUGAGAUCCUCCUCCUCUUCCUCCGGGUCCAACACAAGCUCAGCAGCCGGCGCUGUUGCCGCUGCCUCGGCCACUAACACCGGGGCCCCCGACGAACUUACCGGAGCUCAGCAUGGCGAGGAUAUUACCAGGUUAUAAAACCACGAACCAUUACUGGGGGUAGAAUAAGAACUGGUUAUUUAUAGAACACUUAUAUAUUUUGUUUUCGUAGCUAUCUUGUGCGGUUUCCUUUAAGUCCAAAGUUAUAUAAAAUGCAUGUUAUAUAGCAUGGAUUACUGCGAAUACCGAUGAAUUAUUUUUACGUGACACAGGGUUUAAUUUAUUUGAAGUUCAAUUAAAAUGAUGUUUUUUAUUAAAAAAUGUUUUGAAUGAAGGAUGAAAAAGUAGAAAAAAAUAUACAUUUUAUCAAAAUGUUAUUGUGGGCCAUUCUUUUGCCCUGCUGCCCAAGGUGAAAUGCACAAUCUAUUUAUUUCAAACAACACUGGAAGGAAAUCACUAUAAUAAUAGUUAUUUUUGGUAUAUAAAAAAGAAAGCUGGAACACACCAUUGAUCUUGAACUUGUAUGUUUAGGAGAAUAACAAUGUGUGAAUUACCUCGUGUAUUUCAGAAACAGGAUUUUUCUUUUUCUUUUUCAAUUUUUUGCAAUUUAGUUUUGUGGUGUUGAUGUUGUGUUUUAGACGGUUCAAAGCAGAUUAUUGUGAAAUGCAAUAAACGGAGUUUAGUGUACUUGUGCUAAUCAUAUUGGUCAAUAAAACAGUGAGUGUCUACUAGUUUUAAAUACGUUUGUUCCAAGUUCAUUUUAGGUAAGGUGAGGUCUACUGUUGCAAAUUGGAGGAGAUCCUUAAAAGUGUACAGAUGUGUGAAUACUGGACAUUUCACGAGGGAAACAAAAAUCACUGUGUUUUUAAACUGUGUUUGUCAAUCCUGCAGCUCCCUUUUUUGCGUGUUUAUAUUUGCAAUGUGUACAGACACUGUGUGUGUGUGUAUGUGUGUGUGUGUGGUGUGUGUGUGUGGUGUGUGUGUGUGUGUGUGUGUGAGUGUGUGUGUGCGUGUUAAAGCUUCACUCAUAAUGGAUUGAAGUUAUUUCUAAAAUAUGAAAAUGAAAUAGUUUGCGCUGUGCAGUAUACGUGCAACCUCAUCAGUCUGAAGGGCAUUCAAUUAGACAAGCCACUGAGGCCCUCCAGUCCACACUGCACUGCCUCUGCCAGUGCUACAAAAGAAGCUACUCGCUUCCUUCGUCCUGACUUGAACACAAAGAUGCAUGCGUUUAAUUUAGAGUACAUUUGCAAUGUGUUAGAGAUUUUAGAUUGUUGUGAAAUUAUUCAUUUUGUAACAAUAGUGGUUGCCCUGCUUUUCUAUAGUCCUCUGCGCCAUGCGACUGGGUUUUCAAAUGUGAAAUGAAUAAAAAAAAUAAAGUCGUGAUCUGCCGAUAGAUUCAGUAUAAUGCGUCGUGUGGUCUUCGUUAAAUAUCUGAGUGAAGAUGCUGAUGAAGUACACUAGUUUACCUUUGGUUUUGGUUUUUAAACAUUUUUUUUUAAAUUGAUCUAAAGCAGUGCCCUCUCCACAAAAAGGAAUGCUGUUGUUUUCUUGUCUGUUCACUCUUUGACUCUUGCUUGUAUAAACACUUUGGCUCAUUUGUCUGCUGACUCCCCAGUGGGCAGUUUGCCUCCGUAGUAUGCUGCAGCUCGCGAGACUGUAGAAACUUCAAAAACGGCGCUAAGGCGUCUCUGUGCAACGUCAUCGUGCGACUUUCAUCUGGCAGGGGGACCAACUCACUGCAGGACUCUUUGCUGCUGAAAACCUGCUGGACUGAUGCAAUAAUUUGAAGAAAGUCUUUUUAACUGAAUCAUCAACUGAAGUGCCUGAAGUGCUUUCAUUUUGUCUCCCAUUCUUCCCCCCAUUUUUUUUUUUUUUUUUUUUUGGGAAGAAGGAUUUCGGUUUAAAAAUGGCUUGAGUCCAAAGACGCGCAAGAAUUUGAUAGAUUAUUGAAAUUGUGACAUGAAUAGGCCUUAUAAAAUGCCUCGCGUAGUGGGAGGCAAAAGAGCACAAAGGGAUGAGGUAUUUUCCAUCAUCAAUCUUUCCCCAUAGAGCUUUGUGUUCUGUUCUGGAAAACAGCUCUGACAACAACCAGUUUUGAUCUUAUCAAAUAUUAUGUAGACGGGGUCGCAUCCUCUGCCACUUUUCUUUUUAUUUGACUGCUUUUCCCACAAAUGUGAAAGUUAAGUUGGACUUUAAGCUGGACCAAAGAGGUUCAAACCUACUUUUUGGACAGGGCUUUGGAUAGGCAGUAGAAUAGUGGUGAGACGGCGCUGAAAAAUGAAUCCAGAAGCCUUUAUGUUGCUGGACAGAUUAGAGAAAUUAAUGUGCUCGCCACAGUCCCAGCAUCCCUCCAGCCUCUUUCUAGGCCCUGUCGCCUCCAUGUCGCGAAGCUGAAAAGGUACUUUAUUGAAGUUUGGGGGCGAAAUGGUAGAAGGCCGAGUUCACCUCGGGGACACAUUUUCUGUCCCAUUAGGCUCAUUUCAGUCUGGAUGGCCGACCUCUCCAACCCUGUGACCCAACUCACUCUCUAUACGUGUACCUUCUGUGUGCGCCCUCGCUGGUCCCCUUCGGCCUCGGCUUUCUUUUCUGCGUUGUGCCGAUAGAGAGGCCUGCUGCGGGGGAUCACUCAAUGUGUUUCUUCUUUUGUUAAUUUGGCGGGGUGGGGGCGACGACACUGGACAGGGCUGAACUCUCGGACGGUUCUCUUCCUUGCAUCCAGCAGAAUUGCAGGAUUUCCACACAGACACCUUCUUCUUUAAUUUAACAAUCUUUCGAUCUCCCGUGAAGUCGUUUCCAAAUCAAAGUGGCAAAGUUUUGUGGUAACCUUUACUGCAGUUAAUGGAGACAUACAUAUAUAAAUAUUUUUUUAAGUCUGUCUGAGAAAAGAAGGAAAGGAAGAAAUAUUGUUUUGUAUACGUAUUUAAAAAGUUAUUUUUUAAAUUGAAAUUAUAAAUAAGAUGUAAACAAAACUACCCUUUUAGUUCCCUGAAGACCCCAUACCCAAACAGGAGCAUUAAAAAGAGUGUCUCUUGAUGCAGUCACAUGACUCCUGUGUGGCUUAAGAGAAUAGCUGGUCUCCGGUCAGCACUUACAUUCAGACGUGAGCUGCCAAUUAUAGAUGUUUCUGACAGUACUGGGACAGUUGGUCAUUUUGAUUAGUUUAUGGACAAAGACCUUCAAAAACCUUCAAACUUCCCAUGGAGGCUCGGCACUUCCCCAAACUUGUAUUUUUAGCCACAUGCAUUUUUCCCCCUGACACAGAGGAGAGCGAACUUCAGAACAGAUUACUAAUUAAGUUGUGUUAGAAGUAGAAGAUGCUCGAAAAUAUAAGCGAUGAUGUCAACCCUUGAGAUAUUAUUGAUGGGGCAAAUCACUACCCGCUUUUUUAAAAAUGAUAUUCGAAAACUCUUAUCCGGUUUUGCAGGCAGAUUUCAGCGUGUUAGAGCGCUUUGAUCUUUCUGGUGUGAACCAAAUAUUCAACGUUGAUGGAAAAAUAUUCAACAGCCCGUCUUCCAGGAUAAACAGUUGACACUGAAAGCCAAACUAAUCUCACCGUCUGUCAGUUGUUUAUGUGAUAAUUCAUCCUCCUCAUCGUGUCUGUACAGGUGCAGCUCGAAUUACACUUCGAACAAUGACGACAUGUCCCUCUUUGUUUGAGCUCUUGUAACUGAAGAUUUGCGUUAAAUGGAAUGAGAGUGUAUGAGGCACAAUUUGACUUAGCGUUGCCAGGGAUUUAACUAAUACACCUGUAUUAGGCGUUGUCUGAUUUAUUAUGGGAAUAAACAAAACGUGCGGUUUAAUAUUAUUGCUAUUCAAACAAAAGGCCAGUCAGUCAUAAAUCAGUGUCACUCUGCUGCUUUUUGUUUUUUUAACUUUGUUCUUAUACACAAUGGAAACUUUUCCUCAUAGCAACACAAAUGUUUAACUGCAUUAAAUUUAACGAUAGAAAAUGAAUCAUCGCGUACACAAAUAUUUUCGUUUUCUCUUCUCACGUGAUCCAAGAAAGAGCGUAAACUUCAAAGUAAUACGGCCUUACCUGUGACAAGAUCUACAGGAAUGGAUAGCAGUUUAAUUCUUUAAGUUUAGAAUGAAGUAUUUUUGGUUUCACUCCAUUCAGAUUUUUAGGUCAUGGUCUUUUUUGCCUUUAUUAUUUUGCCCCCGCCCCCCGGGCUGAAUCUGAAGAAUUCAUUUGAUAUGAGUUAUUGUUGAACUCACCGCCUUUCAGGGAUCUGGUGCAUUUUGUGUGGUUGAAGUUGAGUGUAUAAAUUCCUCAGUCUCUACUCAGCUAACUGGUUUCGUCUCUGACUUGAGACUGUUGAAUCACACAUGAAUUUCAGCUCACAUUGCACUGCUGCAGGCUGCAUGUGUUUUACGAGCACCUCGGGCGAGGACUUUCUCUGUGAAGAUAUAUGUAUGAAAAAAGAAGAACUUUGCACACAAACACCGAUCGAAAUGUUUGAACAAAACCAAAUAUGAAACACGGAAGCGCCUGUGUUGUGACGCUUGCGCGCUUGAUUGCCUGCUUUUGUUGUCUGCGCCGGGUUAAGUGCAAACUGUUUCAAACUCAUCCCAGGUGAGUGUCUUCUUCAGUCACUUUGGUUUGUCAUAAAAGGUCCGGGCCGGUGCAUUGUUAUCCUGUAGUGUGUUUAAACGGCAGCCAUGGCAGCUGCAUAAAGGCUGAGAGUUGAAACAGGGGUCAUGCUGCUAUUUUCCAGGGAUAGAGAGGCUGUCUCACAUUGACCAGCAGUGGGUGUGUCGUAAAUCCGUAAAUCUCUCUCCUAUCCGUUCACUCAAGGGAGCAAAUGCGUCGGCCUGGUGUGUGCGCGCAUGCGUGGUGGAGGUAGAGUUUGAUUAAUUUACAUAAAACUAGAUUUUAAAAAGCCAUCAGAAAUGUUAAAAAUGAUUUAGUGUCGGCGCUGGAAAACAUUUCAAGCAGGAGACGACGAAGCAGCUUGGACUGGUGUCCCACUGUAGAGUUGACAUCGCACAGGAAAUGAUGGCCUGGAUAAACUUACGAGUAUACUUUCUGUCAUCAUAACGCCUCGCUGAGAAAUAUUUAAUUAGCCCAUUUGCUGCAUCGUUGAGGACCUUCGAAAUUACAGUCAUUUUCUUCCGUUAGAGGUGUCACAAGGGGGCCCAGACAGUCACUAGAUUGAGUUAUGAUUAUGUUAUUCGCUUUUCAUUAGCAAAAGUGUUCUGAAUAUGCGAUCCUGAGACUAUAGAUCCAUGAUUAUGCAGAAGUUUAGCGAGAUGCGGUUUUUAUUUGAUUUGUUCUCUGAAAAUGAUUAUCCGGUGUAUUUGCGUGACCACCAGUUGCAUAUCAUGCAGAACUUUGAGCACUUUGACAGCUGCUGCUGCUGCAGUUUAACUUUGUGUGUACUGUAUUUGAUUGGAUGUUAACGCGAAGGGUCAUAUGACCUCUGUUAUCUAAGAUGCAGGACUUUAAAAUAAACUAUACAAUAAGUAAACAAAUAAAUACCGCGUAAAGCAUGUAUAUUUAUCAAUUAAAGGAAAAAAACAACAUAAAAUGUCUUAGUAAGGUACUAGUCGCCGGAACAGAUUCUAUGCAACUUGGCAUCGAUCCUUCAAUUCUCCUGAACUCUGCUGGAAAGAUAAGCCAAGUUUUUGAUUUGAGGAUGAUGGUGCGGUGGAGGUCACUAAAAUCUCCCAUAGGUCUUCAGAUGAUUUGAGCUCUGAUAUGAUAAAGUUUGAGUCAGACCAUUCUCAUACCCACUAAACCAUUCAGUGACCUUGUGCCCAGUGGAUGGGUGAGUGAUCUUGUUGGAAGAGACCCCAUUUGGGUAGAAAUUGUUAAUCAAAGGAUAAAGAUGAUUACUUAGGACAACUUUUGCACACUUCCUUCUAAGCUAACAACUGGAUCCAAACAAUGUCAGUAAAAUUUACCCCACAGCUUGAAGCCACCUGAUCUUCUUACUGGAGGGGUUAACGUUUAGGUUUUCCCCUUUAGGUUGUUCUGUAUAUAGGUUUAGAUAGAUAGAUAGAUAGAUAGAUAGAUAGAUAGAUAGAUAGAUAGAUAG